CGCAGGCAAACAGGUUACUGAGCAACGCUUUGAUUUAGAUGUUAAUUAACAUUAGAAGUAAUAAAUCUAAAAAGAUCUGUAAUUUAAGAAGCGCUUCGUGGCGCCGCAAAGUCAGUUUUGUGAGCAAUUCAUCAAGUUUUUGACAUGCGCUUUCUUGACUCACCCUGGCGACUUUGACUGCAUCGGAUCUUCAUGACAAGUUGCUUUGACGUUAGCUUAGCCGGUUAGCUACAAGUAGUGUCACCUCACUAUUUUACACACUUUUUUUUUAUUUUUCCUCAGUUACCUGUCGGUCCGAACAGCUCUGAAGUCAUGACGGGUAGAGAAGAGGAAUAUGACUAUCUUUUCAAAGUGGUGCUAAUCGGAGACUCCGGAGUCGGGAAGAGCAACCUGCUGUCCCGCUUCACGCGCAACGAGUUCAACCUGGAGAGCAAGAGCACCAUCGGCGUGGAGUUCGCCACUCGCAGCAUUCAUGUAGAGGGCAAAACGAUCAAAGCCCAGAUCUGGGACACCGCAGGCCAGGAGCGGUACCGCGCCAUCACCUCAGCAUACUACCGCGGCGCUGUCGGCGCUCUUCUGGUGUAUGACAUCGCGAAGCACUUGACGUACGAAAACGCCGAGCGCUGGCUGAAGGAGCUGCAGGACCACGCCGACAGCAACAUCGUCAUCAUGCUGGUGGGCAACAAGAGCGACCUGCGUCACCUUCGAGCCGUGCCUACGGACGAGGCCAAGGCGUUCGCAGAGAAACAUGGGCUUUCCUUCCUCGAGACUUCCGCUCUGGACUCCUCUAACGUAGAACUCGCCUUCCAGACCAUUCUCACAGCAAUCUACCGCAUCGUAUCUCAGAGGCAAAUUUCCGGGCGCAGCGACACCGACUUCUCCCCCAACUCUAAAGUCGUGCCCAUCACGGUGCAGCCCACACAGAGCUCGGCCAAGCAAAGCGCCUGCUGCCAGAACAACUAAGCAGCCACCGUAGCACAAUGGGAUUAUGGGUAAAAACCGACAUAAGGCUGGCCAAGGGGGGUUGCAAAGUUUGUUUGUCAAGCACAUUAAGACCCCCACCACUACCACCACCACCACUCCACCCCUUUCCCCUUAAUAACACAUGCAGUAGGUUUUAACGGCUAAGCCCCUAAUUCAACAAGUUAAGCUUUUAACGUAGCGACAGAAGUGAAAAGAAAGAAUUGUUGUUUUGUUUUUCCUCCACAGACUGAUUUAAAGUUCUUUUUUUUAAAUAUUUUUUACACUAAUUAGAAACGACACUAGGGGGACUAUUUAUGUCUGCACACGUUUUGCAGGAGUUCCAGUUUAUAUCACCAGCUAGUGCUAACAACGUGCUCAAGCCUAUGCAGAUGGAAAGAGGGUGCUACAAUGAAACGAUGAUAUGUCUAUUUUAACCACUACACACUGGGUCUAGUUUUUAUUAAAGUCUCCUGGAGGAAACAUUUUUUUUCUUUUUUCUUUUCUCUUCUUCUUCUCCUCCUCAACGGAUCCUUGAAAAAAAAAAAAAAAAUCGACUUCCUCUCUAUGACUGCUGCGUCUGCCUGUAUUGUUGAUUUGUAAGAUGACUCAACUAGCGAAAGAACCCCUGUAUUUAUUUGCUGCAUUGAAACAUCUGAGAUGACACUGUUCACAUUACAUCCCGAUAGCCUGUGGAUUUUUUUGUUUUAUUUAAACACAUUGUUUUAUUUAGAUGGUGUUUUCUGGUCUGUUUAUGAUAUUUAAGGGGUUGAUUAAUUGUAUUCUCUCCAGGGUGAGUAAAGUGUAAAGUGAACUAGUAACGUGUCUGUUUUAUUGUUUUUUUUUUUUUUUAAGUUAUUGAGUAAUGUUAUGUGGGGAAAGUUUUCCUGAUCCGUUUCCUUUUGGGUCAUUUUUAUUUUGUUUGUUGUUGUUGUUUGUUUUUUUUUUGGUCGUUAGGUCUUAUGUUUGAGUGGAUCAGCUUUAGAGGCUUUUCUAGGUGUCGUUUUAUCAGUGAGUCAUUUAACCUGGACUAAGACGGAGGCAUUGAAACAGGAAGGCAGAGGCAGGCUCAUCCCUUUACGUGGACGGAUUAUGUUGCAGGACUGAGCAACAGCGGCGCGCUGAGCUGCUCACUGAGGAGUUUCUGGUGUACUGGAAGGGGCUUGUCUUACUGUAAGUGAAGUCCUCAUUGCCCAUCCCUAUAAUAUACUGUAUGUAACUUGAAGAAAGCCAUACCCUCCGGGAUCUCUGUUAAUUGUGUCCCAUCUCUCACUCCAUUUCUCUGUUCUCCCUCCUUUUCUCUCCGAUUGGAGUCACAGAAAGGAAGUUCAUGGUAGGUCAGAUUAAAGGGGAAAAAAAAAAGACAUGUUGAAGGUCAUUUAUCUCUAGUUUUCUACUGCAACGUCCAGUUCCUGUCAAUUAGGAAGCCUCUUUUUUAAUGAAAUUACAGCCCUGUGAAGAACCUGUGACGUCCAGCACUCGUCACCGUCUUCUUUAACAUGGUUCUCAAAAACAGCAUGGUCCGACCCGUGUGUCCAGGUUACAUUUCCCCCCAAAACCUCUCAACAAAUAUAAUUACAGUUCAUGUGACUGCAAAAAAAAAAAAAUUUUUUCCCCUCCUCAAAAUGUUCCUAGAAGAUUAAAUACUGCACCAAAAAAAAUGGAAAUGCUUUUAAUUCAAUGAAAUGAUUGUCCAAUAAUCUUGGGAAAGAACACAAACCUCUCCUUCCAUCUCAUGCACGAGUUUAGAAACCGAAAGAGAAAUGGAGGAGGGGGAAAAAAAAAGGAAAAGGAAGAAAAGUGGCUUGUUUUUCUCACAUUAGUGGCAUUUCUAUAUGAAGGGAUGAAAUGUAAGAAGGGACUUUAUGUUGAUGAAUAAAUCUGUAUAUAUGGAUAUAAAUAAACGUUCUGUUUUGGCUUUUA